GCUUGCUUAACCUGUCUGGAAUGUAUUAGCCGUAUUCAUGAAUGGGAGGGAACAUCAUAUAAACAAAGACUUCAGAAACGUUUCAACCAUUUGCUGUGUUUUUUUACCGCAAGCAAGAACCCAGAUGGAAGACAGAAAAGCUGCUGGCCCCUCCAGAGCUGCCAGGCGGGGACGCUGGUGGCGUCUGAGACAGCGCUGGAGGAUGGUGGGGGUGUUUGAGAUCAACCCAGAGCAUGAGUUUUACCAACUGACAUCCAUGAUAAAAGAAGGCAUGCAUUCUUCAAUACAGACCACAAUGGACACAUCAGGCCAGGAUACACCUGCAGCUGAACAAUUCGCGUCAGAGGAAACUCAAACUCAUGAGGGUUUUCAGAUGCAGACAUUUGCAGCAUCAGUGUUUGCUCAACAGAGGCGUUCUCUGGACAUCACAGAGGAGGAGUACAUGAACUCCCUCUGCUCAGACCAAUGCUACCUCCAGUUUGUCAGUAACUCCAAGAGCAAGGCAAAUUUCUUUGUCACGAAUGAUAAGAGAUUCUUCUUGAAGACCCAGAGCAAGCGUGAGGUCAGCUUCCUGCUGUCCAACCUGCAGGCAUACAUGGCCCAUCUGGAGAAAUACCCUCACUCACUGAUGGUGAAAUUUCUGGGUGUCCACAGGAUUGUUAUCCCUAAUCAAAUAAAGAAAUACUUUAUUGUGAUGCAGAGUGUGUUUUACCCUGAUGACAGGAUCAAUAUCAGAUAUGAUAUAAAAGGCUGUGAAGUGGGUAGAUGGACUAACCCUGACACAGGCGGGAAACAAAUAAUACAAGUGUUGAAGGACAAUAACUUUGAAGGGCAAACCAUUGCAUUAGGUCAAGAGAAAUCCUGGUUUGCCCAUCAAGUGAAAGUGGACGCUGCCUUCCUUCAAGAGCUCAAUGUGCUGGACUACAGUCUGCUGCUGGCCCAGCAGCCUCUGCACAGAGACGAGCUGGACGGGAAGCACUCAUUGGCUAACCUCGUUAUUCGCACCACAAAGUCUUUGGAUUUAGAGGAUAGCCCCACAGGUUCAGACCCGCCCACCGUACCUUUACUGAAGGAGACCCUGGGUGAGGAGGGGUCAGUCCAGCCCCAGGCAGCAGCUGGGGAAGGGUUCCAUGAACAUCAUCGUCGGCUUCUGCCCAACUGCAAAAAUAGCAAUCAAGUGAUUGACGGGCCAGAACAACGCUACUUUGUGGGCAUUAUAGACAUUUUCACUGUCUAUGGCUGGAAGAAAAGACUGGAGAACAUGUGGAAAAGCCUCCGAUACCCAGGCAGGGCCUUUUCCACAGUCAGCCCUGCCAAUUACUCACGCAGAUUCUGCCAGUGGAUUCAGGACCACUCUCAGUGACACAAUGCCAUGGCAGCUCUGCAGAGUUUCUCUCAAUAAGAACCCACUGGUCUCCUCAAAUGCUACUUCAAUUGUAGCCCUGAUCACCUUUUGGUUUUUGCAUAAACAAAUAGUUUUGUUCCCUAAACUUUCAAAAGCAAGAACCCAUUUUGUUUUGUUUCAAUUUUUAACAAUAACUGAGUGUCUAAACUGCGACCACAACCCAGAACAAAUUGUUGUCCCUGGAAACGUAAUUGGGUAUGCAGUUUAGUUGUAGCAGUUUGUUGUUAACAUCAUUUUGUAGGAGGAAUAGUUGAUCAGAGCACAGAGAUCGGGGGUACGGCAGUGAAAAGGGAAUGUUUUUGUAUUGGCUGCAUGCACUGAUAAAGACUUUAAUAGUGUGUGUACUCAGGGGCCUUUCCAACCAACUCACAGUUGAUGUUAUGAAGUGCCUGAAGAGUCUGAUCCUGUUCCUGUGGUUAAAGGUGUCCUUCAUUAUGGAGUCAGCAUAUCUUUCAUUUCCCUGAACCAUUCAGAGGGAAACCUUCUGGGCCUGCUGCAUUAUUUUGUUUUAAUUCCAUUUUUUGUAUUCCUUAUCCAUAAUUUCAUUUUUUUUGUCCCUCACCAUUUAAAUGUAAUCACAUCAAAAAUACCUUGAUAUAGGUUUUGUCUAUUUGAGUGUUUGCAUAUACAUUUUAUAAAAGGUUACAGAUAGCCACAUGCUAGCUGUGUUUGAAACUUGUUUUAGGGUCCUAUAAAUGGUGUUUUGUGCCUGUUGCUUUUUUGAUCUGUUUGCAAGAUUUCCCUCCUGUUUCAUUAUAUCUUUGUUUUAAAAAUAACCAUUUUCCAUUUUUGUUUGUUGAUUAAAACGUUUCUCAUGUAUACUUUCCAGAUGUUAAGAUUAGUGUGAAGCUGCUUCAGUUUUUGUUCUCUCUGCUUUUUUAAGUUUGAACAAUAGCCUAUUACUUUUUAUCUACAGUAAGGACAGCUGUGCAUGCAUCCCAUCAACAGGGACACUUAUCCUUAUUGUACGGAUAACCUUUGUUAUCUGUCCUAAAUUGCUCCCUCAUUUAGUUAAGAAACCUCAAGUUCAGUACCAAGACCGUUUUUUUACUUUGAAGUCCAAGUAUCAAGUCCAUGGAGCCCGCAGUAUGAUCCGAUAAAUCCAUGGUCCGAAUACAUCCAUUUUUACAGUGUACACAUCUCUUUGAAUAUAUAAAGAAAGCCUCGGGUAUACAGAAUGAGGAUGUGAGAAAAAAGAUGUAACCUCUCCUUGUCGGAUUUAGGUCACUCCACAGAUCUCCCAUCAUUUCCCCCCUGGGGAGAGAGGUUUAAUGUAUUCAGAUUUGGGUUAAGUACAGGUGUCCCAUCUUUAUCCUUUAUCUCAUCGGUGCAUUCAACAUUUGGACUGAGGUUGUUCCCCCCUCCUUCCCUUCCUCUGGGUCAGCAAAUACAAUCUGUCUGGAGCCACAAAACAUGUUUGAUAGCACAGCUUAUGAAGUUUUAUGUAUAGAUAUGUACAAAAACUAUAAAUUAUUGUGUUUAUAAAAUAAAGAACAACAAUAAAGAGAA